AUGGAACAUUCUUCUGUCGACGGAAGCCAGAAUUCACUUCGAUUUCUUUUCUGUGUGGAAACGCCAUUAAGAUUUCAUCGAAACCAUGUCAUAUAUCCAAUAACCGUGGUUGCUUUUCUAUCCAUCACGGCAUUUGUUGGUAAUGUUUUCAUCUUAAUUGCUCUCAACAAGAUAUCUUCGAUUCACCCGCCAUCCAAACUUCUGUUCCGUUGCUUGGCUGUCACGGACAUUCUCGUCGCUCUUGUUGCAGAGCCUCUUCAUGCCGUUUACUUGUUUUCGAUAAGAACAAUGACAGAAGAAGGAAACAUUGUCUGUUUAUACGCAGCGACAUUCUCGAUCACCAUCGCUACAACUUUGUGCGUUGUUUCGCUUUUCACAUCAGCAGCCAUCAGUUUGGAUCGACUUAUGGCUUUGGUGUUAGGACUCCGCUACAGACAUGUUGUAACAUUCAAACGAACCUUUUCAGUGGUGAUUGGCUUAUGGGCACUUGGCAUCAUCUUGACCGCUGUGUCCUUUUGGAGAUUUACUCUCAGCAAAAGUACGAUCUUCAUCGCUUUAGCAGUAUUGGUCUUUUGUGUCACAGUGUCUGGUGUCGGUUACACCAAGAUAGUCCUUAUACUUCGCAAUCGUGAAACUCAAAUUGCGAGUCAUUCACAAGCAGCAUUCUCACCAAACAUUUCGCGUUUAAGAAAAGUUGUUUGUAGUGCACUAUGGGUACAGGUGAUUUUAGAAGUGUGCUACGUCCCUUUCCUGGUUGUUACCACGCUAUUUAUUUUUAAUGAGAGUGGGAGAACUCAUCAAUCUCUGUUUAUCGCCUGGGAAUUUACGGGAAUUUUGAUUUUCUUAAGCUCGUCGCUUAAUCCAUUUCUUUAUUGUUAUAAAAUCCCGGAGGUGAGACAAGCGGUAAGGCGCACAAUUCGACAGGUGUUUCGUUUAUCAAACGAGGCUGAUGCAGUGAUAAAUUCUAUCAGAUAG